AUGGAGCUUGCAACGAUUGAUCAACUGAAUCUGCAAGCAAGUCCAUCCGCGAUCGAGGAUUGGGUCGAACGUUACGAGCUGUGGUGCAGUAUUCGCAAGGGUGGUGCACAGAAUCAAACAGCCCUAUUUCUUACUGCUGACGUCCGUGAUCUGAACUUCCUGUUGACAAACCUGGCGUUCCCUGAGGCUCCGGCUAAACUUCCAUACGAGUUCCUGAAAUCUCUGCUGCUCAACCACCUGCUGCCCACUAAAUUCCAAGCACAUGAAAGGGCCAAAUUCAACUCCAUGAUCCGUACCAAUCAUGUUUCCUGUCGUGAAUUCAUCCUGCAACUGAACAAACAAGCAUCACGCUGCAACUAUGGUGAUCGCCUGGAAGAACAAAUGUGUGACCGCUUGGUGGCAGUCAUCAAUAAUCUGACUCUUCAACGAAGUUUGCUGGAUAAGAAAGAUUCGACUUUUGCCGAUGCCCGGAAGAUCUGUGAGCAACACGACGACAUACUGAAAGGUAAUUCCAGUAAAUCAGUCACAUUAUUUCAACGGCAGAAGACACGACCGAACCUACCCCUAAUGGCCAAAUGUAUACUGAAGCCGAAACAAAACUCUUCAAGCAACGAGAAACGUAUUCCCUGUUUUUCAUGUGGAGCUUACCAUUUGCUCACCGACUGCCGAUUCCGAAAUGCCAAGUGUCAUGCAUGCGAUCCAGUGCUUCUGUAA